UUAACUAUAAGCUGCAGGGAGCGCGAGUGGACCAUCAGCUGUCCUCGUGGAUUAUUGACUACCUCACCAGUAGACCCCAGUAUGUGAGGCUGCGGGACUGUGUCUGAGGUGAUAGUCUGUAGCACGGGGGCCCCACAAGGAACAGUAUUCUCCCCUUUCCUCUUCACCCUGUACACUGCGGACUUCAGUUAUAACAUGAACACUUGCCAUCUCCAGAAGUUCUCAGACGAUACCGCCAUUGUGGGCCGGGUGUCGGAGGGAAACGAACUGGAAUACAGGUGGGUCAUCAAUGACUUCGUCAGCUGGUUUAAACAGAACCAUCUUCGCAUCAAUGUCAGCAAGACGAAGGAGCUGGUGAUUGACUUCAGCAAGAAGCCACCCCCUAUUACACCAGUGAACAUCCAGGGUUUGGACACUGAAACGGUGGAGGAGUACAAAUACCUGGGUGUUCACCUCAAUAGCAAACUGGACUGGUCCACGAACACAAAUGCACUCUACAAAAAGGGUUUAAGUCAUCUCCACCUGCUGAGAGGAAGACUAUCUGCUAUGACUGGUUGGGGGUGAGGGGAGGAAGAUAGGAUAAAGACACACUGUGGAAGAGAGACAGAGAUGAAUACCAACUAAUCAUUAAAUGCGCUGGAAUAGCUGUAGUCAGCUAUAUAAGCACUCCUCCCAUGUGGUUAUACUUCAGUCUUCGGGACAGACGCAGACACUGAGACAGCUUGUUUUUAGUCAAGAUGAAGUUGCUUCUAGCUGUUGCUGCUGUUCUGGCUGUAUCCAGCUGUGGCCGCAUGUCUCUGGAAGACAUGGAGUUUCAUGCCUGGAAGCUCAAGUUUGAAAAAUCCUACGACUCUCCAUCAGAGGAGACUCAAAGGAAGCAGAUCUGGCUCAACAACCGUAAACUUGUGCUAAAGCACAAUGCUUUGGCUGACCUGGGUUUGAAGUCCUUCCGCCUUGGGAUGACCUACUUUGCUGAUAUGGAAAAUGAAGAGUACAAAAAACUGAGCUGUCUUGGCUCCUUCAAUGCCUCUCUGCCUCACCGUGGCUCUACCUUCAAUGGCCUGCCUAAAGGUACAGUCCUGUCCGAUACUGUUGACUGGAGGGAACAGGGAUACGUCACUAAUGUCAAGGAUCAGGAGCAGUGUGGCUCCUGCUGGGCUUUCAGUGCAACUGGUGCACUGGAGGGUCAGCACUUCAAGAAGACAGGAAAUCUGGUGUCUCUUAGUGAGCAGCAGUUGGUUGAUUGCAGUCGCAACUUCGGCAACCAUGGCUGCAAUGGAGGCUGGAUGAACAAUGCCUUUAAGUACAUCAAAGACAAUGGAGGAAUUCAAACUGAGGAAUCAUACACUUAUGAAGCUAGGGAUGGACAAUGCCAUUACAACGCAAAUUCUGUUGGUGCCCAAUGCAGUGGUUACACUAAUGUGAAACAGGAUGAAGAAGCUCUGAAGCAGGCAGUGGCCGCCAUCGGACCGAUAUCUAUAGCCGUGGAUGCUUCUCAUGAGUCCUUCCAAUUCUACCAAACAGGAGUGUAUGUUGAGGAGAGUUGCAGCAACGUGUACUUGAGCCAUGCUAUGCUGGUUGUGGGUUAUGGUGCUGAAGAUGGACUUGACUACUGGCUGGUCAAGAACAGCUGGGGUCUUGGAUGGGGAGAGGAGGGAUACAUUAAGAUGGUCAGGAACAAAAGCAACCAUUGUGGGAUUGCUAAUAAAGCAAGCUACCCUCUGGUCUGAAGAGGUGGAAGAAAACUCAUCUGCAUCUAUUUUUCUUCUGCUUUGACCAAAAUGUCCCAUUGAAAACUUAAUAAACCUAAUAAACUUCUGAGCAUUUAAAAAUAAGGUGUGUGCAUUUUUUUU